AUGGCUACUAUCAUCAAACAAAAGUCUAUUACUAUCAAAUGUUCGAAUCCAUCAACAAACGUUGAAUGUAUAACAUGUAUGGCUGUUGAAUCAAAUGCAAAAGGAUUUCUUGUCAAUAUGAUCUGGAUCUAUUCGAAUACUGCAAAUUUGUCAAAAGAUGAUUUUAUGCCAUCCGAUCAAUUACAAGCUACUCUAUCGAAUACUCUCAAUUAUUUUCCUAUAUUAGCUGGUCGCGCUACAGAAGAUGAGAAAGGCAACGUCACCAUUCAUUUGACAAAUGAAGGUGUUCUCUAUACCGAAGCAGAAUGUCCGAAUCAAAAUUUAGAUUAUUUUAUACCACGAACAUUCCAAGACGAAGGAUUUGAUUAUGAACAUAUCAAUACAAGUGAUUUAGCUGUAAGAGUUAAAGCCGGUGGUAGAGAACCUUGCAUGUCGAUACAAGUGACGCGUCUGAAGUGUAAUAGCGUUAUUCUAAGUAUAUCAGCUUCUCAUUGUUUAAUGGAUGCACAUAGCAUGUCACAUUUCAUCAAUGCAUGGGCUUCUGGUAAGCCACCACAAAUGAUGCCGAUGUUCGAUAAAACUUUCAUCUUAUAUCCUAAUGAACAAGAACGACAACAGAUAAGUUCUUUGAAUAGACCAAAGGACUGUGUUUUCAAUCGAAAUAUCACUCCAUUAUCUGGCUCACCAUUCACUCAAGUACAACAACAACAACAACGUGUGAUUUCCAGAGUUUAUUUUUUCUCUGCCAACGAACUAAAUAAUAUUAAAAAAGAAGCAUCAAAAGACAUAUCAAAACCAGCUGAUUACAUUAGUACUUACGACGCUCUUUAUGCUCAUAUGAUUUUAGUGAUAGCAGCUGCCACGCAAACUCCAUUGACUGAUAAUAUCAAAGUUUUACAAUCACUUAACGGUAGAUCACGUUUCGUUUCUUGUUGUUCAUCAGCCGUUCUUAACUACUUUGGUUCAUUUCCAUUUUGGCUCUAUGCUGAAAUACCAUCAGAUCGAGAGCCAACUCUUUCAUCAUUAGCAGAACUGAUUCAUGAAACGUACUCAAAACAAACAGAACAUUCGUUGAGAGAAUAUAAUGCUUAUUUAAUGAGUGACGAUGGUGAUAUAAAUAAAAAUCGAGUAGAUGCAGAUAUAAUUAAUCGUGACUUUCAUUGUGCAUCAUGGCGAAAAGGAAAUCUGUUUGAUGGUAAUUUUGGUAAUAGUGGAUAUCCUAUCUACACUGGACCAACCAAUCACUUGUAUCCACAAUAUUUUCCGAUGAUGGAUUCAUAUGCAAGAGAUGGAUCAGUUAAUAUUGUACUCGGGUUGAGAGAGCAAGAUUAUGAACGAAUGAUACAACAAAAUAUGCUACAUAAAUAUCGAUAA